AUGGGCGCCUCAAUGCCCAAGCCGGUGGAAGCUGCUGUGGUGGAAAGGCAUGCUGCUCGAGGAUGGACCGCGGCGGUUGCGGAGGUGAACGGCUGGCGCCCGAACAUGGAAGACGCCCACGUCGUGCACCUGGAGGACGACUGGGCAUUCUUCGGUGUCUUCGACGGCCACAGCGGGCAGGCCUGCUCCGCCUUUGUGUCGCGGAGGUUCAGGGAGGAGCUGAGCCAGAGAGGUUGCCCAGAGGACGACGCCUCGGUGAAGAGCCUGGUGCUGGGCAUCGACCGGGAGUUCUUGGCCAGCAAGCAGCCCGGUGGCUCUACGGGAACGAUGUGCAUCGUCCACAAGCCUAAGUGGCGCGGAGGUCGGCACCUCCUACGCGUGGCCAACGUCGGAGACAGCCGGGUCCUCCUGGGGCGGCGGGAUGGCAGCAUCGUAGACGGAGGGGGCACGGACCAGGGCCUCACGAUGGACCACAAGCCAGACAUGCCUUCCGAGCGGGCGCGCAUCGAGAGGUGUGGAGGCACGGUGAGGUCGCCGGGGCAGUCGCUGGGGAACGUCGCUCGGGUGAACGGGGAGCUCUCCGUGUCCCGGGCCUUCGGCGAUUCCAAGCACAAGAGGACCGGAGGACCAGGUCCAGAGGAUCGGCCAAUCACGGCGGACCCGGAGCUGGCUCGCUUCGAGUGCGACGAGACGGACUUCUUGCUGCUCGUUUGUGACGGCAUGUCGGAGUGCUCGUUUCCAGCAGGUGAGGUGGUCAGGUUCGUGGCUGAGCGGCUCAACGCUGGCAUGGACGCAGGAGCGGCGGCCAGGCUCGCCUGCCUCGAGGCCAUACGGAGGGGUUCCAGGGACAACGUCACCUGUAUGGUUGUCCUGCUGACAGGCCCCAGUGCGAUCGAGACGGGGGUCGAGUUCGUCCCGGGCCCCAUCACCCACAUACACCGCAAGGGGUUCCAGAGCGCCUACCAGGAGAUGGCCCUCAGGGCGGGCCUCUCCCUGGCGCAGGCCGCCGCGCUCCGCUUCGAGGCGGCCCAGCGGGAGCUCGUGGAGGCCCCCACCGACGCGCUCCGGCACGAGCUCGCCAGCCUGGGCAGUCCGCAGGGCGCGCCCGGCAGCGCCGAGCGCCUGGCCUGGUUCGAGGCCUGGCUCCGGCGCGCGCCCCCGGCCUUCGGGGGCCUCCUUUGCGGCUCCGGCCUCCGGUCCGCAGACGCCGGCGCCUAG